CUGCUGGACAGGCUGUGCACUCAUUGCAGAAACUCACUCCAGUUAGAAACAUGGCAUUCAACGGCACCUGGAAAGUUGACAAAAAUGACAACUAUGACAAGUUUAUGGAACAGAUGGGUAUCAAUUUGGUGAAGAGGAAGCUGGCAGCCCAUGACAACUUGAAAGUCACCAUUACACAAAAUGGAGACAAGUUCACUGUCAAUGAGUCCAGUGCCUUUCGCACUAUAGAAAUCAUAUUCACCCUUGGAGUUCACUUUGAAUACAGCCUAGCUGAUGGAACAGAGAUCGGGGGCACUUGGACCGUGGAGGGAGAUAAGUUAGUUGGCAAAUUCACCAGAAAAGACAACGGCAAGGAACUCCUCACUGUCCGAGAAAUCAUUGAUAAUGAGCUUGUCCAGAGCUACCAUUAUGAAGGAGUCGAUGCCAAAAGAGUUUUCAAAAGGGCUUAGAGAUCUGUCUUUUCAACAGAGAAUAAUAAAGACAGAAACCAGCUUACUUAUUCCAAAGCGCACCAAUGAAAUAUCUUAAAGUACUCUAUAUGAAUAUGCUGUUUUUUAUUUUUCUCUAUUUGGUAACAAUUGCAAUGUAAUGCCUAAACUGUUUGCACUAAUGUUUUUCUGCAAUUUCAAAUAAAUACAAGGUAUUCUGUUUGUUCAUUUGCAUUGUCUAUAUUGUACUCUCAAUUAAAUUAAGUUAAUCACAA